CUAAUCUUUUUUUCUCCUUUUGAAUUUUACACAAGGUGUCCUUUGUUUAUGCUUCUCCAGUUGAAAAACUCGCUAAAACUGUGGAAAAACUCUCGUGCGAGGUACUUGAUCUCCGUUUAAAACUUCGUUCAGUAUAUAAGUAGGAAACGGCUUUGGAUAAAUAGCAGGCUAAGAUCAUUUGAAUUGUGUGAGUCAACAAGACAUUGUUGAAGUAGUCGACAAAAUUAACUGCCAGGAACAUCGCCUUGUAUCUCAGCCUCAUCAUUGAAUAGAUUCACAAAUUUGGUUGGUGGGAUUGAUUCUGAGUCCAUAACAUUCAAUAAGAAACUUGAAAUAAUCCUUUGUUUGUAGAAAUCCCAACAAUGUUGCUUUCAGUACUUAAAGUGGUACCAAAACAGGGUGCAACCUUAAUUCCAAGGCUUAUGUCUACAAAGACAUCUAGUAUUGAACAACCAUUACGUAUAGCCUAUUUCGGCAGUGACAGAUUCAGUCUUUUAUCCUUGGGUAAACUAUUAGACUACCAAAAGCUUAAUCCUAAUAGAAUACUGUCGAUUGACGUGAUAACUAGAAGUAAGAAGAAAUCAGGGCGUAAAUUGAAAAAUUUGACAGAUGUACCAAUAGGUCACUAUGCCGAAGAUCAUUCGAUGGUUAUUCAUCGUGCUGAUACUGCAAGUGAUAUCCUUGGAUUAUCCGAGUCUCAACAAUACGAUUUGGCCAUAGCUGUAUCAUAUGGUAUUCUUAUUCCUGCCAAAUUUUUGAAAUCAUUAAGAUACGGGGGUUUGAACGUUCAUCCGUCUCUAUUACCCAAGUAUUCGGGUUCUUCACCCAUACAAUAUGCUCUUAUGAACGAUGACCUGUUUUCAGGGGUUACCGUUCAAACCUUGCAUCCUACAAAAUUUGAUAGAGGCGAUAUUGUUAGUCAAUCGGACGAAAUACCUAUUUCAAAUGAUGAUAAUUAUACCUCCAUGGAAGAAAAAUUGGGGAAUAUAGGUGCUGAUCUUCUUGUGAAAACUAUAGAGAAUGAAUUAUUCUUACCGCCUAUUGAUUCACCUCGUAACAAUUACCCUCAUUCACUUGCAUCCAAAAUGUCUUCGUCUAGUAGCGAGAUCAAUUGGUCCCUGACAACAUCACGUCAAAUCAAAAGGCUUCUUGAUGCUUUGGGAUCGGUUCAUACCUAUGUAUCAAAGUACUCGAAAUCUGGAUCUUUCGAAGAAUCUUUAAAAGUCAUUUUAUACGAUAUUGAAGAAGUAUCUUCUUGCAAUGAUUUGUCAAUGAAACUGCCGGGGGAUUCUGAAGUGGUCGAUGGUAAGCUUUUUAUCAAAACUAUAGACGGUUAUAUUUCAACGCCGAAAUUGAAACUCCAGUAUUGUAACGAGGAGAGUAUACCCGAGUUUAUUCCUAGAAUACCAAAGAGACUUCGUUCUACUGAAAAAAAUUUAAAAUUUCAUGCAUUCGAAACAAUUUAAAUAACUUGUAUAUAUAUAGAUAACUUUGCAAAAACAUGCUAAUGAUAAAUGACUAUAGAAACUAUAGUAUGAC